AUGCAAAAAAUUGAUAUUACCAUCCUUAAGUUUUUGUUAGAUUAUAACGUUCAAUUAAUUAGACCUCCGUUAUCUGGUCAAUUAAAAGAUAUUUUUUUGAUAUUUGAAAAAGAAUUGAAUUCAAAUUAUACAUUAGCGAGUGAUGGUAACUGCAGCUACGAUCACUUAACUUUUGAAACGUUUGUUGGGAUAAUACAUGAAAUUAAUAGAUUGACAAAUAACGCAAUCACGUUGACAGACCCUUUAUUAGUUCAAUAUGAUAAGAAUAAAAGUGUAGUAAGUCAUAUUGAUACAUUUUCUUUAAAGAUUUUAUAUGAUAUGUUAACUAACACUAACAGAGAGAAACAGAAACAGAAACAAAAGCAUAAAGAAAAGCAUAAAGAAAAGGCGACUGAUUAUGGGCCCACCUCUAUAUCUUUAACAGAUAAUUUAUUAAAACUUCUAAAUGGUAAUGAAAAUUGCAUGGAUCCUGAGACUCAUUGUGAUGAGGCUCAUGACAUGUUGUUAUUUGAAGUCCCUUUGAAGAAAAAUUUAUACUCUAGAUUAGAAAGAAUUUUAAAAGAAGAACCUAUUUCAUAUCUGUUAAAUAAAGAACGUGCCAGACAUUCUGUCGAGAAAUUUAAAUAUUUCCCAAUCUGCCACAAUAGAGAACAUUCUCAUUUACUCUCCCAAUGCGUCUAUAUUUCCAACAAUAAAAUUGUCUCUAUCCAAUGGUCUAAGUUGAAUAAAUUCAAUAAAGUCAGCCAACAAAAUAAGCAUCAUAUAUUCCUUCAAUGUAUCCAAACGCAUAUUCACUAUAUUCCGAAUCUGAAACCACAGACCGAUCUGUCCUUGGGUGAUUGCUCAUAUUUGGAUACAUGUCAUAAAUUGAAUUCUUGUCGAUACCUACAUUAUUUACAAUAUAUCCCAGAAACACUAAACGAGUCCGUUGAAAAACAAUCAAAAAUCUAUAAUUCUAGAGAAAUUAACAAUUUAAUGUUCUAUACGCAUGGUUUGUGUUGUGCAUAUUCAAAUAAAUUACUUCUUCCUCCGCAGUGGAUUCGUUGUGACGUUAGAAACUUCGAUUUUACCAUCUUAGGGAAAUUUUCUGCAGUGAUAGCAGACCCAGCAUGGAAUAUCCAUAUGAAUUUACCAUAUGGUACCUGUAACGAUAUCGAAUUAUUGGAAUUGCCAUUGGGUGAACUGCAGAUUGAAGGGAUCUUAUUUCUUUGGGUCACUGGACGUGCUAUUGAGUUAGGCAAAGAAUCCUUAAGUAAAUGGGGAUAUGAAGUGAUCAAUGAAGUAUCAUGGAUUAAGACAAAUCAAUUAGGCAGGACUAUAGUUACUGGUAGAACGGGCCAUUGGUUAAACCAUUCAAAGGAACAUCUGUUGGUUGGGGUCAAAGGCAAUCCACAAUGGUUAAACAAGCAUAUUGAUAUAGAUAUAAUCGUAUCCACUACAAGAGAGACAAGUAGGAAACCAGAUGAGUUGUAUGGGAUAAUUGAAAGAUUGGUUGGGCAACAUGCACGUAAGUUAGAGAUAUUUGGUAGAGAUCACAAUAUCAGACCUGGUUGGUUUACUGUGGGCAAUCAAUUAACUGGAACAUGUAUACACGAAAUGGAUGUCAGAAAAAAGUAUGAAAAAUGGAUUAAAUCAACAACAGCAGCAGCAACAAUAUCAUAA